CCGCCCGCCAGCCCGGCAGCCAGCGCAGCUCCGGGCCUCGCUCCCCGUGCGUCCUGCGGGGGCGGAGGCGCGGAGAGGCGGCAAGCGCACCCGGGGAGGGUGGGGGGGGCAGAGGCACAGACAGAGGCGCGGAGGCUCGGAGAGAGAAGACGUGGAGGGAGGGACAGAGCCUGGACAGCGGUGGACACGGCAUCGUGCGCGGGGAAGAGGGCAGCACGCAGCAGGCGCCGAGCGCCGGGCACCGAGAAGGGCAGCCCGGGUGGUCUCCGGCCGUCCAUGCACAGAGCGCCUUCCCCCACAGCCGAGCAGCCGCCGGGCGGAGGGGACAGCGCCCGCCGGACCCUGCAGCCCAGACUCAAGCCCAGUGCCCGAGCCAUGGCACUGCCUCGGACGCUGGGGGAGCUGCAGCUGUACCGGGUCCUGCAGCGCGCCAACCUCCUUUCCUACUAUGAGACCUUCAUCCAGCAGGGAGGGGACGACGUGCAGCAGCUGUGUGAGGCGGGUGAGGAGGAGUUUCUGGAGAUCAUGGCACUUGUGGGCAUGGCCACCAAGCCCCUCCAUGUCCGGCGCCUGCAGAAGGCACUGAGAGAGUGGGCCACCAAUCCAGGGCUCUUCAGUCAACCAGUGCCUGCUGUUCCCGUCUCCAGCAUCCCGCUCUUCAAGAUCUCUGAGACUGCGGGUACCCGGAAAGGGAGCAUGAGCAAUGGGCAUGGCAGCCCAGGGGAAAAGGCAGGCAGUGCCCGCAGUUUUAGCCCCAAGAGCCCCCUUGAACUUGGAGAGAAGCUAUCACCACUGCCUGGGGGACCUGGGGCAGGGGACCCCCGGAUCUGGCCAGGCCGGAGCACUCCAGAGUCGGACGUUGGGGCAGGAGGAGAAGAGGAGGCUGGCUCGCCCCCCUUCUCCCCCCCUGCAGGGGGAGGAGUCCCUGAGGGGACUGGGGCUGGGGGGCUGGCAGCAGGUGGGACUGGGGGUGGUCCAGACCGACUGGAGCCAGAGAUGGUACGCAUGGUGGUGGAAAGUGUGGAGAGGAUCUUCCGGAGCUUCCCGAGGGGGGAUGCUGGGGAGGUCACAUCCCUGCUAAAGCUGAAUAAGAAGCUGGCACGGAGCGUUGGGCACAUCUUUGAGAUGGAUGAUAAUGACAGCCAGAAGGAAGAGGAGAUCCGCAAAUACAGCAUCAUCUAUGGCCGUUUCGACUCUAAGCGGCGGGAGGGCAAGCAGCUCAGCCUGCACGAGCUCACCAUCAACGAGGCUGCUGCCCAGUUCUGCAUGAGGGACAACACGCUCUUAUUACGGAGAGUGGAGCUCUUCUCUUUGUCCCGCCAAGUAGCCCGAGAGAGCACCUACUUGUCCUCCUUGAAGGGCUCCAGGCUUCACCCUGAAGAACUGGGAGGCCCUCCACUGAAGAAGCUGAAACAAGAGGUUGGAGAACAGAGUCAUCCUGAAAUCCAGCAGCCUCCCCCAGGCCCUGAGUCCUAUGUACCCCCAUACCGCCCCAGCCUGGAGGAGGACAGCGCCAGCCUGUCUGGGGAGAGUCUGGAUGGACAUUUGCAGGCUGUGGGGUCAUGUCCAAGGCUGACGCCGCCCCCUGCUGACCUGCCUCUGGCAUUGCCAGCCCAUGGGCUAUGGAGCCGUCACAUCCUGCAGCAGACACUGAUGGACGAGGGGCUGCGGCUCGCCCGCCUCGUCUCCCACGACCGCGUGGGCCGCCUCAGCCCCUGUGUGCCUGCGAAGCCACCUCUCGCAGGUGAGGCAGCCAGCAGUGCUGUCCCCAAGCACCCCGGCCACCCAGGCCCCACACAGCAAUUCCGGUGUCCUGGGGCCGGGUGGGAGGAAGGGGGAUAUAGUCGUCAGAGAGGGCAGUAGGAUGGCUGGGCUCCAGCCAGCCAGGCCUUGGGGUGCAGAGAGGCAGACCCUGCCGGGCUGCUCCCACCAUGGAAAGUCUGGUCCUAGUGUAGAUCUGUGAAAGGGGAACUGGGGAACAGGGGACAGAGAAAAGAGGAUGAAGGAGCAGGAAGGAGGAGCAUCAAUAAGGGAAGCUCAGAUGGCACUUCCACCAACCCAGGAGUGGGGAGCAGGCUAGGAGUUGUGGGGAUGGGGAUGGGGAUGCCCAGCUUGGAAGCAGAGGAGCCCAAAGCAGUGAUGCUUUGUGUGUGGAAGGGGGAAGAGGGAGUGGGCCGGCAGAGGGCCGGGCAGCCGCUGGGCUGAGAGUGACGCAGCAGACAAAGCCACCAACCCUGGCUUGGUAUUUUUAAACUGUGCGUGGGUGGGAAGUGGGGGCGGGGACUGGAAGGGGGGCUCUUCUUGAGGGAGGAGCUCGGAGGCUGGCUUCCUGUGCUCCCCCUGAUUUGGCUACCAAAAAACUUGGGGGACCAUGGUAGAGUGGCCUGGGAGGGGCCUGGGAGGGGGGCAGGGAUGAGUGGGGGUGGCAGAGCUUGGGAAGGGGGGAGGGGAGAGGUCAGAGCCAAACCACCCCCGCAGCUCCUGACAGAACCAGAAAUUCCAGCGCAACCGAGGAGGCGGGAGAGAAAGAGAGAGAGACAGAGACAGAGCUACACACAGCUAGGGAGGGGAGGGGGCUCACACACACAGGAAUGGAACCCCCCAUACACAUACAGUGGGCAGGAGGCAGUAAUUCAAUAAACCUAAACUGAGCCCAUCUUCACAGCUUUCUUUGCCCCUGCUUCUGUUCCCAGCCACCUCUGUGUGCAGCCAGUCACCCUGCAGUCUCCUAACUGCCCCCUUUUCCCUGCAGAGUUCGAGGAAGGGCUGCUGGACAGAUGUCCUGCCCCAGGACCCCAUCCCGCGCUGGUGGAGGGUCGCAGGAGCAGUGUGAAAGUGGAGGCUGAGGCCAGUCGGCAGUGAGGAGUGGACUGGUGUCUUUAGACCCAGGACCUCAGACUUCUGGCUCACACAGACCCCCACGCUCUCCAUCCCCAGAAUCUAGUCACAACCCUGGAUCCUUCCUCUGCCCUUCUCCUGCCUCCCCACCUGCUCCAUGGGCAUAAGACUGUGGGGCUUCAAGCAAUAACAAGCAGAGGCCUGGAGAGAGGACACAAGGAGGGUGCGUGGUGCCCUCACCCCUGCCCAGAGCGAGGGGGCAAGGACUCUGCCUCCAGGGCAUCUGGGGUUUUCCCCUCCCUCACACAACACACUCCCAUUCUCUUUAGGUUUGCACCAGUGGUGUGAGCAGUUGGACUCAGUUUGGACAAGGGGGAAAGGGGGACUUCCUUGGGAAGGUCCAGCUAAAAGUGGCAACAUUUGCCCCCAGAAUUGGGGGCCUGGGAACACUGGACCUGCUCCUUCUCCCCUCUCCUUCCCUGUUUUUGUGCUUCUGGUUUGUUUCUUUAAUUUAACAAGUGCUGCAGUUUGCCCUCCGAUUCCCAUCUAUCCCCCAAGUCCUUUGCAAUUUCUUCCCUCCUGCCCUACAUAGGGGCGGUGGGUGUGGGAUCCCUUCACUGGCCCCCUCGGGAGGCCUGGGUUGGACUCAGGGUCUCCUCCAGCUGGGGGCUGGACCGCAGCACCUAUCUGAGCAGUUAGAGCGUCUUUCUUUUCAGAUUGUGUACAGUAGAUUAUUUAUUUUGUUAUUUUGGAAUAAAAUUUAUUUUAUGGCUUAGGA